AUGGACCCAGCAGCCCGGAACGAGCAGCUGCUUGACCGGCGAUCACAGCUCACAGAAGGACUUUCGAGCCUACCCUAUGACUUGAUACUCUACCUCAACCGUGCCGCUAUCUACUCGGAUCUAGGAUAUCCGGAUCUUGCAGCCGGUGAUGCGUAUCGUGCACUCUUACUAGCCGAUGAGGUUCUCAAUGAGGGCUUCGAAUAUCAUGAGCAGGCCCUCGAGUCUCUGCAGAUGCACACAGCAGUCCCCUUACCCGAUGUUCUAGCACAUGGGAACCUUCCCCAAGAUAGGCUACAAAGCCCCGAAACUGACCUGGAAGUCGAAGACGAGGCAGUUAAACGACUGGCCAUAUUGUCACAAGUUCGUGCAUAUCAAAUCCUUUCUUUAGGCCUAUUACUAUGUGGAUCACUACAGAGUGCUGCCAGUUUCUGUCAGCGCGGUCUCCAGCUCUCACCAUCCAACCAAGAACUACUCGACACCAAGAACAACAUUGUCACUGUCGCCCGCAGGAGGCUUCGCCGGGAUGAUAUCGAUAUUGAUUAUCCCAAUCUCCCCGAUCAAGGUCUCGUCCGUCGCGAGGUCUACCCCUGGAAUGACCACGAACCUGAUCGUUUCGCUCCGGAAUCACUGGCUGAACUCAACGAGCGUUUGAGCUCCAUGGCACCAAAGUGCGUUGUCGAGGUUGCGACCUUACCUGUCCUGUUAGAAGGAGCGAGCAGCACCGAUGACUAUGAAAUUAUUCCAACCUGCAAACAGCUUGGAGUCUUCGCCAAGGAGGAUAUCGCCCCCGGUGAAGUUGUGCUGAAGGAAUACUCACUUCUCACCGCGAACAAUCGGCUUAAGGACUCUCUUUGUGACGCAUGCAGUUCUGAUCUGCCACCACUAGGCAGCGAGAACGAGCCCAUCAGUUGCCCUGAUUGCUACGAUACGGUAUUCUGCACCCAGUAUUGCUUUGAUCAAGCCAUGGAGAGAUAUCAUCCAGUGGUUUGUGAGAAGGACGUCGAUGCAAUCGCUAAGGACCCUGAUGCAUUUGAAGCCGACCAAACACUUUACCUUUUGCUCCUUUCUCGGGUCCUGGCUAUUGCUGCUCAAGAGGAGGUUAAUCCUCUUGAUGUUCGAGAGGUCAAGUAUAUAUGGGGUGAUUUUGUUCCAACUCGAACCAACGACAUUAAUGUCUCACCAAAUGCCGGUCCGCCUCCUGAGUGGACACUGCCCUUUUCUUUCAAAUACAAUAUCGAAACACCGCUCCACGUUUUGGAAAAGAUGGAUAUCGAUAUAUACUCUUCGCUCGCCGAGAAUGAUCUCUGGGUUCUCAAUACGCUAUACGCCAAGUUCAGGGGCACCGCUUCGGCCCGCAAAAGCCUUCGGGACGGUCGCCCUGAUGUCGCUGCAGUGCACCCAUAUUGGUGUCUCGCGAACCAUGAUUGCGACCCCAACGUCACAUGGGAAUGGGGUGGCCGCAUGGUUCUUGAAGCCAGAAAGGAGCGUAUUGUGGGUGGUCGUCCAGGAGGUAUCAAGAAGGGUGAGGAGAUUCUCAAUCACUAUUGCGACGUCAAUUUGCCCGUGCAACAACGCCGGGAAUGGGCAAGGGGUAGUCUAGGAGGCUGGUGUAUGUGCAAACGGUGCCGUGAUGAGGCUGCCAUUGGAGAAGCAAAUCAUGUUUAA